GCUUUCAUCACUGCAGCUCCAGUUACUUCCUCAUAUAAGCUAACCAGGCCAGGUGAGCUCAAACACUCCUCUGUGCCAGGCUGCUCAUUACCUCAAAGCUUCUCACACAACAAACACACACUCCAGUGGACACGCAGAAUGGAGCCGGAGGCAGACAGCAUGCCGGAGGUACCAGAGGGGAUCAUACAGAUGCAACCAUUCCAGGCAGCACCGGGCCAGUUCGGUCCAGAGGUCCGGCAGCGCGGUCUGCGGGUGUGGAGGGUGGAGAAGAUGAAGGCGGUGCCACUGAACCCUUCUGAGGUGGGGUCUUUCUUUAAUGGAGACUCCUAUCUGGUGCUGGAGAACCGGGGCGAGCAGGGGGCUGACCUACACAUGUGGAUCGGAGAGAAAUCUUCUAGGGACGAGCAGGUAGCAUGUGCCAUGCUGGCCACCCAGCUUGACAACUUCCUUGGUGGUGACCCGGUUCAACACAGGCAGGUCCAGGGCUUCGAAUCCCCUGAGUUCAUGCAGCUUUUCCCCAGAGGGGUCAGCUACAAGGAUGGUGGUGUGGAGUCAGGCUUCAGGAGGUCUCAGGGUGGCGGGACGGUCCAGAGGUUGUACCAGAUCAAAGGGAAACGCAACAUCCGUGCCAAGGAGGUGGAGAUGAGCUGGAGCAGCUUCAACAAAGGAGACUGCUUCAUCCUCGACCUUGGAGAGACGAUCGUGUCGUGGAUCGGCUCGCAGGCCAACAUCUUCGAGAAGCAGAAGGUGCGAGAGAUUGCCUCGUUGAUCCGAGACACGGACAGACACGGGAAGGCUCGCAUCGUGGACACGUGUGAGGGAGAAGAACCUGAGGAGAUGCUGAAGGUUCUCGGAAAGAUGCCGGCGCUGGCAGAAAGCACCCCAGAGGAGGACAGCAAAGCUGAUGCUUCCAACUCUGCCUCCCUCUACAAGGUGUCUGAUGCCACAGGGGCCAUGACUACUACCAAAGUGUCUGAUAAAAGCCCGUUUGCCAAAGAGCUGCUGGUUCGAGAUGACUGCUUCAUUCUCGAUAACGGAGCAAAUGGGAAAGUCUUUGUCUGGAAAGGUAACGGAGCGAAUGAAGAGGAGAAGAGGGCUGCUCUGCAGAUGGCUGACAAGUUCAUUGAGCAGAUGAACUACCCCAGGAUGAAAACACAGGUGGAAAUUCUACCUCAGGGGAAGGAGACCAUCAUCUUCAAACAGUUCUUCAAGAACUGGAUCUGAAUAAUUGACAGGGACCUUUGUGGAACCCCACACCCAGCCAGAUGACGCUGCACAUCUGGAACCAGACAGCACCAAAAAACACAUUUUCAUUAGAAUAUUUUUUAUAAGCGUGUACAUAUGUGAGCAGGCUGCAGCCUGCUUUGGUAGGAUCAGAGAUGUGAUGCCACUUUUAUAAAUGAAGCUAAUAAAAAUGUAAUGAGAGUGUUGAAAUAUUAUGAGAAAUCUAUACAAAUUUUGACGUAAAUGAGUGGAUUUUUUUUUUUAUAAUUUUUUUGGAUUGAAUCACAGAUUUUGUCUUAAUUUGGAAAUAAACCUGAAACUGAUCUCUAA